GUCGCCAGGGCAGGUGGCGGGAGGAGCGAGGAGAGCAGCGCUCUCGGCCCGGCUCCAGCUCCCCGCCUCCGGCCCGCGCUGUCCGCAGGCGGGUAGUGUUUGUGGGGGUGGAGGGGGUCCCCAGCGACUUCUAUAUAAGCGGAUGCAAUGGCUCUCCCGGCAGAGCCGAACGGCGAGACGGCAGGCAAUGCCCGGGACCAUGGCGACGAGCGGCGGGCAGGGCUUGCCGGCUCUGCUCCUCCUCCUCCUCCGGCUGUGCGAGGUGAGCUGCCGGGAGCAGGCGUGUUCCCGGCCCUGCGGUGAGCGGUGCCCGGCCGAGCCGCCGCGGUGCGCGCCGGGGGUGCCCGCCGUGCUGGACGGCUGCUCCUGCUGCCUGGUGUGCGCCCGGCAGCGCGGCGAGAGCUGCUCCCCGCUGCUGCCCUGCGACGAGAGCAGUGGCCUCUACUGCGACCGCGGCCCUGAGGACGGCGGAGGGGCCACCGGCAUCUGCAUGGUCCUGGAGGGAGACAACUGCGUGUUUGAUGGGAUGAUUUACCGCAAUGGGGAGACGUUCCAGCCCAGCUGCAAGUACCAGUGCACCUGCCGAGACGGACAGAUUGGCUGCCUGCCCCGCUGUAACCUGGACCUGCUGCUCCCUGGCCCCGACUGCCCUUUCCCCAGAAAAAUCGAAGUCCCUGGAGAGUGCUGUGAGAAGUGGAUCUGCGACCCAAAAGAUGAAGUGAUUUUGGGAGGUUUUGCUAUGGCUGCCUACAGACAAGAGGCCACACUUGGGGUAGAUGUGUCGGAUUCGAGUGCAAAUUGUAUUGAGCAGACAACGGAGUGGAGUGCUUGUUCCAAAAGCUGUGGAAUGGGCUUUUCCACUCGUGUUACCAACAGAAACCAGCAGUGUGAGAUGGUGAAGCAGACGCGGCUUUGCAUGAUAAGACCUUGUGAAAAUGAAGAACCAUCUGAUAAGAAAGGGAAGAAAUGUAUCCGCACCAAGAAGUCAGUGAGAGCUGUUCGGUUUGAGUACAGGAACUGCAGCAGCGUGCAGACCUACAAACCUCGCUACUGUGGGCUCUGCAGCGACGGGCGGUGCUGUACCCCGCACAACACCAAAACGGUUCAGGUGGAGUUCCGCUGUCCUCAGGGCAAAGCCCUAAAAAAGCCAGUGAUGCUGAUCAGCACCUGUGUCUGUCACAGCAACUGUCCUCAGAGUAACAAUGCUUUCUUCCAGCCCGUAGACCCCAUGUCCAGCGAAGCAAACGUGUGAAAUGCAUAAACGAGGUGGUGCAAACGCUAUAGUUCAUACAAAACUUGACCCACAAUCAGGUGAAUGUAACAGAUGCCUAUGUAAAAAUAUCUAUGAUGUUUUUCAAAGCAGUCUAGGAGCUUCCCUUUGCCCUGUAGUUUAUUAAAUACCUCAUUUUACAUUUCCCCCCUCCAAAUGACUUUCAUUCACUUGAAUGAAAUUUUACGUCUUGGACAGAGCCUUCUUUUUUUCUCGACAAUGGCAUAAAGAUUGCAAAGCAAACAACUAGACUUUCUCCUUGAGUUAAGGGGUUCGUGUCACAAGUUUCAAUAGCUGUAAGAAUAGGCCCUACAAGAUACAGCAUGAUGCUGUAUCACAUAAGCUUUCAGGUUCUUAACUUUAUUUUGUAUGAUGCAUAUGAACACUUAAACAGUGUUCUUUUUCCAUUCUAGUGCAACGGUUUCUGAUGACAGUAAAACUUCUACUGAUGAAAGUGCUGCAUUCUUGAGUCUUACAGAAUACCUUCUAUCUAUAAACUUUCUCUGAGGAUUAAAUUUGCACAUAGGUCCUGAAAUGACGUAGCUAAGAUCUCUUAUCCUAAAGCACAGCAGAUUGAUGGCAGAUUGAUGCUGGCAGCAAACACAUUUCACUAGCAGUCUCAUCCAAAAUCCACUGAAGUUUAUAACCAGUAUGUAUCUGUAGAUAUGAGGAUGCAAACCCAGAGUUUCUGUAAAUGUCUCUAAAAUGCUAACUGUAUCAUAUGGUGCUUCAUUUUUGUAGAAAGGUGUAUAUGUGAAUAGAAACUGUACAAAUUGUAAUAUAACUUUACUAAGUAAAUAAACUUUAUGUGAUUAAAGGUA